CCCUGCAGGGGUCAGGCCGGCUGCAGGGGGCCCUGUGGCUCUGGGGAGGCCGCUCGCAGCCCGGGACAGAUCGAGAACACGCCGAUCCUGUGUCCCUUCCAUCUCCAGCCCGUGCCUGAUGGAGUUCCAAGGUUUUCAAGAACGUUUCCAUAAUCCCACCUGAGACUGGAAUGGCGCACCAAGUUAACUUGGAAUAUUUGUCCAGAGUUGUUUUUGAAGUUAAAGACUUUCUAUAUCCUGAUAGCGUGGUUGGCACAGAUUCUCAUACAACCAUGGUAAAUGGCUUGGGUAUCUUGGGCUGGGGUGUUGGGGGCAUUGAAACAGAAGCAGUGAUGCUGGGGAUGCCACUUACUCUCACUUUGCCCGAGGUUGUUGGGUGUGAACUGACAGGCACAGCCAGCCCGCUUGCUACAUCCAUAGAUAUUGUUGUGAGCAUUACAAAGCAUCUUAAGCAAGCUGAUGUUGCUGGAAAAUUUGUGGAGUUUUUUGGGAGUGGAGUUUCCCAGCUCUCUGUAGCAGACCGAACCACAAUAGCAAAUAUGUGUCCUGAAUAUGGUGCUAUUCUGAGCUUUUUCCCUGUUGAUAAUGUGACACUGAAGCACUUAAAGCAUACAGGUUUUGACAAGGCCAAGCUUGAGGUCAUGGAAGCAUAUCUUAAAGCUGUGAAGUUAUUUAGGAGUGAUGAGAGUUCUUCCGGAGAACCUGAGUAUUCCCAGGUAGUGCAAAUAAGUUUAAGUUCUAUAAUUCCAUAUGUCAGUGGCCCCAAGAGGUCCCAAGAUAGAGUGGCCGUUAAUAACAUGAAAAGUGACUUCCAAGCCUGCUUAAAUGAAAAGUCUGGUGUUAAAGGCUUUCAGAUUGCAGUUGAGAAACAGAAUGACAUUGUACCUGUUCAGUAUGAAGGAAAUGAAUACAAGCUAUCUCAUGGCUGCAUUGUCAUUGCUGCAGUAAUCAGCUGUACAAACAAUUGUAAUCCAUCUGUCAUGCUUGCUGCAGGACUUCUGGCAAAAAAAGCUGUUGAAGCUGGCCUAGUGGUUAAGCCCUACAUAAGAACAAGUUUAUCACCAGGCAGUGGAAUGGUUACACAUUACCUCAGUUCAAGUGGAGUAUUGCCAUACCUCAGUAAGCUUGGGUUUGAGGUUGUCGGUUAUGGGUGUUCGACAUGUGUUGGAAACACUGCCCCCUUACCAGAAGCCAUCAGGAAUGCAAUCAAGCAGGGGGAUAUAAUUGCCUGCGGAGUGUUGUCUGGAACAAAGAACUUUGAAGGGCGUCUCUGUGACUGUGUCCGUGCCAACUACCUUGCUUCUCCACCGCUAGUAGUUGCUUAUGCUAUUGCAGGCACAGUCAGAAUAGACUUUGAAACUGAGCCUUUGGGCACUGGCUUCAAUGGCGAAAACAUUUAUUUACGAGAUAUUUGGCCCACCCGAAAAGAACUUCACACUGUGGAGGAGGAGUGUGUGAUAUCAGCCAUGUUUAAGGAGUUGAAAGAGAAAAUGGAGAAAGGAAACAAACGAUGGAACCUGCUGGAAGCACCUGAGUCAACUCUGUUUCCCUGGGAUUUAAAAUCUACUUACAUCAGAUGUCCUUCCUUUUUUGAUAAACUUGCCAAAGAACCAGUUUCACCACAACCAGUUGAAAAUGCCCAUGUCUUGCUCUAUCUGGGAGAUUCGGUAACUACAGAUCACAUAUCCCCUGCUGGAAGCAUUGCAAGGAGUAGUGCUGCUGCGAAGUAUCUGACCAACAAAGGACUCACACCUCGUGAAUUCAACUCUUACGGAGCUCGAAGAGGUAAUGAUGCUGUGAUGACAAGAGGUACCUUUGCAAAUAUUAAGCUUCUGAAUAAGUUCAUAGGAAAGCCAGCUCCCAAAACAGUUCACUUCCCAUCAGGACAAACGCUAGAUGUGUUUGAAGCAGCGGAGCUCUACCAGAAAGAAGGCAUCCCUGUAAUUAUUCUAGCAGGAAAGAAGUAUGGACUUGGUAGCUCAAGAGACUGGGCUGCAAAAGGGCCUUUUUUACUGGGUGUUAAAGCUGUCCUGGCUGAAAGCUAUGAGAAGGUUCAUAAAAGCCAGUUGAUUGGGAUUGGCAUAGCUCCACUUCAGUUUCUUCCUGGGGAAAAUCCAAGUACUUUGGGUCUCACUGGCAGAGAGCAGUUUUCUAUAUUGUUCCCUCCAGAGCUGUCACCUGGAAUGACUUUGGAUAUUAAGACAAGCACUGGAAAAGUAUUCAGCGUGGUUGCCUUGUUUGAAAACGACAUGGAGAUAACUUUAUACAAGCAUGGUGGAAGUCUAAACUUUGUGGCUCGGAGAUUCUUGUAGUAGACUGACUGACUGAUAUGGGUACCUUGCAUAACUGGUAAUGCUGAAACUGCCUUGUGUGAACCCAGGAAUCUGUACUGUGGAACUGCAAACAGUCCUAGUGUGCUCAAAGUUACUUCGUCCAUGGAUGUAAAAGAUUGUGAAUCAUUGUUACUGCAACAAGAUCCUUCCUGAUUUUAAAUAAUAUUCUAAUGGUGCUAUUAAACAUUGCUAAAAUCAACAUGUGUGUUGUGGCAGAGAGCUGUAAGUAUGGAGGGGAUGUUUUAUCAGACCAUUUUGUAAAUAAACGAUGCAAAAUCUGAA